GAAUCUCGAAAUUGCACCUCAUGGCGUACGCCGCCUGCAUUGCUAAACUGACAGUGCUAAAUGGACAAUUAAUAAAUGUUCUUAUAAACAAACUAUUUUCAUAUUGCACUGCAUGCACUAUCAUAGGCAUAACUCCAUAGAUUGCUUAAAUAAUAGCUUUGUGUGGUAUUAAAGACAAUAUUUUAAACUCAAUUAUAACAUAUUAAAAAAAAAAAAAAAUUACACGGCAUUACAUGUAACUGAUCUCUUGUGCGAAUGGGUGUCCCUUAAGGGUCUAUUCUUGGCCCAUUAUUAUUUUUAGUUUAUAUUAAAAAAAAAAUCCCCCAUACUGUUGGAAACUCCAACAAAAAUUAAUACUGGCAUAAAAACUUUUUAUUAUAUUUUUUAAUUUCAAAUAAAGAAUAAAUAAAAUUGUCAUAAAAAUGGAGAAUAAAAAAUUGUAUUCCUAAUUAACUUUGGCCUUUUAUAUAUUAAAUCCAUGUAUCUAUAUUGAGUACAAUACAAAUUUGGUCCAUUUCGAGCAUCGUAAGGCAAGAAACAGCGAAUUACAAAAAAUCUCAGUUCAAUAUACGUGGAUACGAGAAGCGCCAUUGUUUCAAGAAUACAACAUAUAUGAAAUCUAUUCUCCUCCGUGCGUUCGACAGGCGAUUGCAAUUUUGUUGAAGUCUACAAGUAAAUAUUAUAUAUUUCUCCGAGUGGUAACUACAAUUUCUUUAGUUGUCAAUUAAGAGUUUUAUAUAGACGACGACAAACGAUUAUCUCAGUUGACCUGCGAGAAAAAUAUACAUCGAACAGCGGCAAAUUCAUUCAUGACACGAGGUGGGAACUACGAUUAUUAUAUUCAAUAAAUACAUUUGAACAUUUUCCAUAACAUCUACAUAUUUUAAUUUUGUGGCAAUCGUCGUGCAAUGGCCACUGAUAGUGAAACUUCACUACGCGCCUCGCGAGGCUAUGUUAAAGGGGCGAUUACUCGUCUUCACAGUUUUGUUAGCAACGAGUCUGAAUUAGAAGAAAGUACCUUACAGGCCAUUACAACGCGUAAAGAAAGACUGCUCACAGCCUUCCGUGAAUAUGAAGGAUUUAAUAUGCGGAUUCUUUCAAUGCGACCAGAUGAUGACGAGGACGUAGCAGCUGUUGAAGAUAAAUAUCUAUAUACUCUUACCGUUCUUAAUGAAGUGAUUAGCCGUAAGACUUCUUGUGUAGAGGACUCUAAAAGUCAUGUUAAUACUAUUGCACGAUCGAAAACUAAGUUACCCGCGAUUCAAAUGUCCAUAUUUUCUGGUAAUUAUGUUGAAUAUGUAGCGUUUCAAUCAUUGUUUACUUCAUUGAUUCAUAAUGACUUAACAUUAGAUAAUGUUCAGAAGUUGUAUUAUCUUAGGUCUUAUUUAAAAAACGAACCGUAUGAUCUUAUUAAGAACUUACCAUUAACAGCCAGUAGCUAUGAUCAAGCUAGACAAUUAUUAGACGAGAGAUAUAACAAUAGGUAUCGUAUUGUAAAUGAACAUAUUGGUCAAUUACUAGACUUACCUGCGCUUGUCAAAUCAACCCCUGAAAACAUUCGAAAUUUUGUAGCGAGUCUUAAGCAGACUUUGGCUGCUCUGCAAAAUUUAGAUGUGAAGGUUGAAACUUGGGAUCCAAUAAUUGUUUGUAUUCUUAAUCGUAAGUUAGAUACAUACACGGCUCGGUCGUAUCAAAUGGAAAGAGAUAUUGCCGAGGAACACAGCGUCAAGCACUUCAUCGAGUAUCUUGAGAAGAGGGCACUUGCAUUGGAGAACGCUGCGCCGUCAACUGCGAUGCCAUCUACCAAGGCCAAGGGUUUAUCAGUCAACGUAGCGGCUGCUGGUGAGAAAGUGGUGACGUGUCAUUACUGUAAGUCUAACAAUCAUAAAUUAUUUUCCUGUAAUACAUUCAAAUUAAUAACUUCUGUGGAACGCUAUAAAUUCUGUAAAGAUAAUAAGUUAUGUCUGAUUUGUUUGAAUAAGCACAAUGGAAAAUGCAAAUUUCAUUUCAAAUGCGAUCAGUGUAAAAAGGCACACAAUUCACUAGUUCAUCAUGACGAAUGUGACGAAGGUCCUGUUUCCUUAUUAUCCAAGGGCCACGAUUCUAAUGUUUUGCUUCCCACAGUAAAAGUGAAAUUAUUCACAAAGGAUAAAAAGACGAUAAUAGUGAAGGCGAUUUUAGAUACAGGUUCACAAGCCUCCCUCGCUACGAGCAAGUUAAUCCAGCAAUUGGGUUUAACUCCAACACCCAACAAUACAAAUAUAAUAGGCGUAGGCAAUGCUCAGAAUAAUACAAGAUAUUGUAUUCCAUUAAACAUACACUCUGUUAAUUCUUCUUUUAAUAUGACUGCCAAUUUUUAUGUGGUCGAAAAAAUUACCUGCAAGCAUCCACAAACAAAACUUGAUAUUCGGCAAUUGAAAUUACCUCCCAAUAUAGUGUUGGCAGAUGAUCAAUUUGAUGUUCCAUCUGAAAUAAAUCUCUUAAUGGGUGCUGACAUAUUUUUCCAUGUGAUAAUGCCCAAUGAGCCUGAGCGACCGUGGUCUCGAAAUCUGCACCGGCCGCUACCUAGUCAAGAUGACAUUACGCCCUGCAUUAUCAAUACACGUUUUGGAUAUAUUAUUGGUGGUUCAAUGCUUGAAUAUCAGCAAGCUUCAAAACAGGUAACAUCACUAUUAUGUAUUAAAUGCGAUCCUGAAAUCAAUGAUAAUAUCAAAUUAUUUUGGGAAGCUGAGAGUAUACCACAAACCUUUUCUGAGAAUCAAAGUGAACAAGAGUUAGCUGAAACUAUCUUUCAGAAUUCUGUAGAAUUGAUUGAUAAUAGAUUCCAGGUGAAUUUACCUCUUAAAGUCGAGGAUAAUGAAAUUCAUAAUUACUUGGGCAAUUCUUUUGUUUUAGCUUGGUAUCGAUUUUUAAGUUUGGAAAGGCGUUUACAAAAUAAUAUUAAUCUAUUGUCAGAAUAUAAUAAAUUUAUUCAUGAAUAUGUAGAGCUAGGUCAUGGCGAUUUUAUUAAUUUUGAUUUCUAUGAUUUUGACAAAGAUGCUGUAUAUUUUUUACCGCAUCAUGCGGUCAUUAAUGAAUCGAGUAAAACUACUCGCACAAGAGUCGUUUUUGAUGCCUCAAUGAAGACGGAUAAAAAGGUUUCAUUAAACGAUUUAUUACUGAAUGGGCCUUCAGUCCAGAAAGAGCUUUUUGAUGUAAUUUUAUUGUUCCGAAUUGGUAAAUAUACGUUUUCCACGGAUAUAAGGCGUAUGUUUAGGAAUAUUCUGGUGAAUCCCAAACACAGGGCUCUUCAAAAUAUUCUUUGGCGAAAUAAUCCUGAUGAGGCAAUAAAAUGUAUACGUUUAAAUACUGUUACGUACGGUAUGAAAAGUUCAAGUUAUUUAUCAACUCGUUGUUUACUCGAACUUACUGAACUAUUUGGUCAAGAAUUUCCUAUAGCUUCAUUUAUAUUGCGAAACUGUACUUACGUCGAUGAUAUCCUCUAUUCGUCAUCAGAUCUUAGUGAAAUAAAAGAAGCUAAGCAACAAUUACAGUCUUUGCUACAAAAAGGAAGUUUUGAAACACAUAAAUGGUCAACUAAUGAUCCAGAAAUUUUGUCUGAUGUUCCAAUUAGUAAACAACAUUUUGACGAGCUAGAGUUGCAAAAGGAUAAUUAUACCAUGAAAGUAUUAGGUUUAAAUCUAGAUGUAAAGAAUGAUUGGUUUAAUAUCACAUGCCCAGAAACUAUUGAUAUAAAAUCGGUAACAAAAAAGUCAAUUUUAAGCUGUAUUGCUAAGUUUUAUGAUCCACUUGGAUUUGUGUGUCCAAUUAUAGUAAAGGCUAAGAUUAUUAUGCAGAAACUGUGGGCUGAAGGUAUUAGUUGGGAUGCUUCUCCCUCCGAUCAUGUUAAAGAAGAAUGGUUGUUUUUUAUUGACGGUCUCAAGGCAAUGGAACCUAUUCAUAUUAAUAGAAAUAUACCAAUUCCAUUAGGUUCUAAGGCUGUUCAAUUGAUCGGUUUUGCCGAUGCCUCAAGUAAAAUAGGCUACGGAUGCUGUGUAUAUCUUAGAACGGUAGACUCUGAUUGUAAUGUGCGCAUGUUUCUUUUAUGUGCGAAGUCCAGAAUUAAUUCGUUUUCGAAACCAAUAACGAUACCACGAUUAGAGUUGAAUGCGGCCUUAUUGCUAUCAAGUCUAUUACGGAGGACAUAUGAAACGUUACAGCUCAAACUUUCAAUUGAUAGUGUUUAUCUCUUUACCGAUUCUAAGAUUGUUUUAGGUUGGUUGAAUACUGAUAUUUUUAAUUUACAAGCAUAUGUGGCUAACCGAGUAAAAGUGAUUACAGAAAAAACUGUACAAUUUCAAUGGAAUUAUGUUAACACAAAGGAAAAUCCAGCCGAUUUAAUAAGUAGAGGUAUAGAUCCAAAAGAAUUAACAUCUUGCUCUCUAUGGUGGGACGGACCAGACUUUCUAAAAGACAAUAGGUACAAUUUUACAAACAAGGCUUCCUUACCUAUCGACUUACCUGAAUUGAAGAAUUCUGGUGCGGCUGUAGAUUCCUCUAAGAUUAAAUGUAAUUAUUUAACUACAAAAGAAUUGCAACAGUCAUCGCAAAACAUUAUUAAACACGAACAAAGUAUCCAUUUUAGCAAGGAAAUAAAAUCGUUGACUGAAAGCAAAGAUGUAGAGGGUCCGAAGUUGCUCCUUUCGAGUCUUAAUCAAAGGUACUGGCUGAUUAAUGGCAUGCGACAAGUUAAGAAAAUAACUUAUAGAUGUCUUGUUUGCUUUAAAUUGAAGGCAGAGGCGGCAAAGCAACUGAUGGGUUCGCUACCAUAUCAACGUGUUACUGCCUGUAGGCCUUUCCAGACCGUUGGCGUAGAUUUUGCCGGUCCACUUCGAGUUAAGAAUUCUAGAGUCAGACGUGCAAUCGAAACUAAAGGUUAUAUAUGUGUAUUUGUUUGUUUCGUAACUAAGGCGGUUCAUCUUGAACUAGCUUCAGAUUUGAGCACCGAAACCUUUCUCGCCUGUUUUAAAAGGUUCAUUUCGAGACGUGGCCUUCCCAGUGAAAUUUUCGCUGAUAAUGGAGGUGCUUUCAAGGGUGCGGCGAACCAAUUUGUUGAACUUUACCGGCUCCAAGCUUCCAAGGGUCAUCAAACGCGAAUACAAGCGUAUGCAGCGCAGCAAGGGGUGAAAUUUCACUUCAUACCCAGUUAUUCACCUACUUUUGCUGGCCUGGCAGAAGCUGCUGUCAAGAGUACCAAAUUUCAUUUAAAAAGGAUUUUACAAAAGCUUUUGUUAACAUAUGAGCAAUUGUACACAAUUUUAGUUCAGAUAGAGGGUGUCUUAAAUUCAAGGCCUAUUUUACCUAUGAGAUCUGAUAUAACGGAUUUUAGUUAUCUAACUCCCGGUCAUUUCUUGACUGGUAAUGCUAUUGUAGCUUAUCCUGAAAAUGAUGUAUCAGAUUUACCUAUUAAUAGACUAAGUUUUUGGAAACAAUGUGAACAUUUAAAACAAUGUUUUUGGAAAAUAUGGCAUAAGUACUAUUUAAAUGCUUUGCAGUUUAGAUCCAAAUGGCAAAAGAGUUAUCCUAAUGUAACAGUAGGAAUGUUGGUGAUACUCAAGGACCCAAAAAAUCCUCCUUUGCACUGGCCUAUGGCUAGGAUAAGUAAGGUUUUUCCAGGUAGAGAUGGGAAGGUUAGAGCUUUCGAAGUUGUAACACCUAAUGGUAAAACUUAUAAACGUUCCUUAUCUGGUAUAUGUAUUCUUCCUAUACGAGUAAAUGAUGCCUAG